UUCAAAAGAGAGUGCAUUAGAUUUGUGUUUCUAUUUCUUUAUCUUUUUACGUAUUGAAUCUGUGUUUUGUUGUUUGAAGAUAUGAAUUCUCAGAUUUGCAGAUGUGCUUCACGAGCUACCAAGUCCUUGUUAUCUGCUUAUUCUAAGCAGAAUUCUCGUGGGGGACGAGCAGCGGCUGCAGCAGCCACAGUUUCUUUGAGAAGUGUUGUGCCUUCUCUAGUUUCAUAUGGCAGGACUGAGUCCCGGAAUUCGUCUACAAGUUGGAUUUCAGGAAUCCUCGCCCUUCCUGCAGCAGCUUAUAUGCUCCAGGAGCAAGAAGCACAUGCUGCCGAGAUGGAGCGCACCUUCAUCGCCAUAAAGCCAGAUGGAGUGCAAAGGGGCUUGAUUUCAGAGAUACUAUCACGCUUUGAGCGCAAGGGUUUCAAGCUGGUCGCGAUCAAAAUUGUGGUUCCGUCUAAGGAUUUUGCCGGAAAGCAUUAUCAUGACCUGAAAGAGAGACCAUUUUUUAAUGGCCUAUGUGAUUUCCUCAGCUCCGGCCCCGUCGUAGCAAUGGUUUGGGAAGGCGAGGGAGUGAUUAAAUAUGGACGGAAGCUUAUCGGAGCUACAGAUCCUCAAAAAUCAGAACCUGGAACAAUUAGAGGGGACCUAGCUGUUGUAGUCGGAAGGAACAUUAUCCACGGGAGCGAUGGACCUGAGACUGCCAAGGAUGAGAUCAAACUAUGGUUCAAACCAGAAGAGUUGGUUAGAUACACAAGUAAUGACGAGAAGUGGAUAUACGGUGUGAACUGAAGAAAAGUGGUUAUUCUUAAUUUAAACUGCGAUUAACUCCACAUGAAGACUGGGACACUAGUGAUUAUCUGAAUAAAUCUGAUGACCAUUUUCCUUAGGCUUGUAGGGACAUAACCUUUAACAAACCGUUACUUAGAUUGUUCAAUAAUCAAAUGUAAUGAAAAAUUGCUGAGCCUUGUCAAUUGCAUUUUUCUUUUUAGUGCGCCCGCCGAGUUUUAUUUAUUUAUUUUGGGGAUGGGGAGCCAAUGUCACCAAUUUAACUUGCAGUCUUGGAUCUUUGAAUAGACAGAGAGAGAGAGAGAGAUUCUCUUCCUCCUGCUCAAGACCGUAUUCGUUAAAAGAGAUGGCAAUGACUUUCUUCCCACCAGGAAAUCGUAGUAAGCCGGGAAGAUUAGGUGCAACUCUUGAUGCUAGGGGGUCGGGCUUUCCUAUAGUAGUUCCGCUGCGGCCUCUGAACGACCGUCCCAUCUCAUCUUGAUUUGGCCAUCUCUAAAUAUCCCUGCUGCUACGUUCAUUUGGUCGAGCAAGGUCUCUCACUCCUAGCGUGCUAAGCUGACUUAGUAAACAGAUUCGCUAGUUGGGCCAAAUGACGCUCUUUCAAUUAUCCGAAAAUUUGCCGGGUUCAGUUCUGACUAUAACUACAACCUAUCUCAUAGUUGGCCGUCAAUUUGACCUGAUCCAUCACGCUUUGGACAAUGGCCUCUUUUUAUUUUUUAAUUCUUUUUUUUUUUUUACUUUUACGCCCCCACGCCCACCAACAAAAGAAAUACAAGCUCUAAGCUUUUGGGGCAAAAUAACCGGAAUAACUGUGCUAGCAGCUCAUUUAAAUGGUGAAUAUUUAUUCGCACUCGAUGUUUACACCAAAUCAAUGAAUGCAAGAUAUUUGUCUUU